AUGGAGAGUAAAAGAAAUGUGACUGAGUUCAUUUUGAUAGGUCUUACACAGAACGCCAAAAUGCAGAAACUUGUGUUUGUGGUAUUUUUGUUUCUAUAUCUGGUGACACUGUCAGGCAACCUACUCAUUGUGGUUACCAUUACCACCAGUCAUGCUCUGAACUCCCCCAUGUACAUCUUCGUGACCCACCUUUCUUUGAUAGAUGCAAUAUAUUCUUCUUCUUCAGCUCCUAAGUUGAUUGUGGACUCCCUUCACAAGAAGAAAAUUAUCUCCUUUAAUGGAUGUAUGGCUCAAGUCUAUCCAGAACAUAUUUUUGGUGCUACUGAGAUCAUCCUGCUGAUGGUGAUGGCCUAUGACCACUAUGUGGCCAUCUGCAAACCUCUGCAUUAUAUGAUUGUCAUGUGUCUCAGGCUGUGUAUUCUCCUGCUGAAAGUGGCCUGGGCUGGAGGAUUUCUUCAUGCAACCAUUCAUAUCCUCUUUAUAGUCUGGCUGCCCUUCUGUGGCCCCAAUGUCAUAGAUCAUUUCAUGUGUGACUUGUACCCUUUGUUGAAACUUGUCUGCAUGGACACUCAUACCCUUGGUCUCUUUGUUGCUGCCAACAGUGGGUUCAUCUGCAUGUUAAACUUCUUUCUCUUGGUGGUCUCCUAUGUGGUCAUCUUGUGCUCUCUAAAGAACUAUAGCUUGGAGGGGAGGCACAAAGCCCUCUCCACCUGUAUCUCUCACAUCAUAGUAGUAGUCUUAUGUUUUGUGCCCUGCAUGUUUGUGUAUCUGCACCCAGUGAUCACUCUGCCCAUUGAUAAAGCUGUGGCUGUCUUUUAUACUAUAGUGGCUCCUAUCUUAAAUCCUUUAAUCUACACUCUCAGAAAUGCAGAGGUGAAAAAUGCUAUGAGGAAGCUCUGGUGGAAAAAAGUGACUUGA